AUGCUCCAAACCCAGAUCACCCUCCACCCCGCCGUCCAAGCCGACGCCCUCCCCCUCGCCAAACUCCACAACGCCGCGUUCGCCAACGAUGCCCUCUUGGAAACCAUGUACGGCCCUCUCACGCAGAACGACCCGCCCUUCGCCAAUGACCUCCAGCAAAUCAUCGCCGACGAUCCACACUCCCGCAUCACGAAAGCCAUCGAUAAUGACUCAGGCCAGAUAGUAGCCUGGUCAUGGUGGAGUAUCUACCCCGACGCCGAGGCGCAUGCCACAGCAGCAGAAGUGGCUAGGAAACGGUGGACCACCCCGCCGGCGGCGUCGCUUUGUCCGCGGUUGUAUCUUGAUUAUCAGGAUUUGAAGGCGAGGACGAGGGAGAAGUGGAUUGGGGGGAGGGCUGUUGCUAUUCUGCAAGUUCUGGCUGUUCAUCCCGACUAUCAAGGUCGAGGGAUUGGGACGAGGUUGUUGAUGGUUGGGGUGGAGGAGGUGAGACGGUUAGGUUUACCUGCUUGGUUGGAGGCUUCGGAGGCUGGGUAUAGUGUCUACAGGAGGUGUGGGUUCCACGAUGCUGAACGGAUGGAGUUGGAUUUUGGCAAGUAUGGGUUUAGCGGGAUGGAGCAUGUCUAUUGUAUGUUGAUGGAUGAUAAGCAAUAG